AUGGGCCUUGUAGAUGUGGAGAGAACAACAAUAGGGUUGGCUGCAAAAGACCCUUCUGGGAUUCUCUCACCCUAUACUUACACUCUCAGAAACACUGGCCCUGAAGAUGUUUAUGUGAAGGUGAUAAGCUGUGGGAUUUGUCAUACUGAUAUUCACCAAGUCAAGAAUGAUCUUGGCAUGUCCAAUUACCCCAUGGUUCCUGGGCAUGAAGUGGUAGGAGAGGUGGUGGAGAUAGGAUCAGAUGUGACCAAGUUCAGAGCCGGGGACGUUGUUGGAGUUGGUUGUCUGGUAGGAUGCUGCGGGAACUGCCACCCGUGCAAGUCGGAAAUUGAGCAGUAUUGCAACAAGAAGAUUUGGUCGUACAACGAUGUCUACACGGAUGGCAAUCCCACACAAGGAGGAUUUGCUGGCGCCAUGGUCGUUAAUCAAAAGUUUGUUGUGAAGAUUCCUGAUGGUAUGGCACCGGAACAGGUAGCGCCUCUACUCUGUGCUGGGGUGACAGUGUACAGCCCCCUGCACCAUUUCGGCCUCAAACAGAGUGGCCUAAGAGGGGGGAUUUUGGGGCUUGGAGGGGUCGGACACAUGGGAGUGAAGAUAGCGAAGGCCAUGGGACAUCAUGUCACCGUCUUUAGUUCUUCAGACAAGAAGAGAGUGGAAGCAUUGGAAGACCUUGGCGCAGAUGAAUACCUCGUUAGCUCUGAUUCCAGUCGAAUGCAAGAGGUUGCUGACUCACUGGAUUACAUCAUUGACACGAUUCCAGUUUUCCAUCCUCUCGAACCUUACCUUUCUUUGUUGAAAGUUGAUGGAAAAUUGAUCUUAAUGGGCGUUAUCAAUACUCCAUUGCAGUUCAUCACCCCCAUGGUUAUGCUCGGGAGGAAGACGAUCACUGGAAGCUUUAUAGGGAGCAUCAAGGAGACCGAAGAAAUGCUAGAAUUCUGCAAGGAGAAGGGCGUUACUUCAACUAUUGAGGUGGUUAAAUUAGACUACCUAAACACCGCAUUUGAGAGGUUGGAAAAGAAUGACGUCAGGUACAGAUUUGUCGUCGAUGUUGCUGGCAGCAAACUUGACCAAUAA